AUGUUGAAACUCCACACACGUCUAUUGAGCAAUGGACGACGUUUAUUAAAUAACACAACAAAUUUAAAACCAGCAAUUCCAGUGAUAUCCGAAUCACAACCACCAUUAACUACAUAUUUUGCUGCUAAACAAUUCACCGACAAUUAUACAACCAAACAAAAGGCCAAAAAAUUAAGAAGAAGAGAGAAAAAAUUAAAGAAAAAAAUUACAAAAGAAGUCAAUAUACUUAAACAAUAUGACUUAAAAAAUGUUCCAUUUUCAGUUGAUCCAGUUUUAGGAAAUUCAAAUUGUAAAUUUAUUGAAAAUAUCUUAAAUAAAAUUGAUAAUCAAGAAAUGAAUUUAAGUUAUGGUAUAGAUAGAAUUGAAUUUGAAAAAGUUUUAUAUGGAGCUGAAAAAUUAUCAAUAGAUCAAUCAAGUUCAAACGAAACAAUGAGAGAUUCAAUUAAAACAAUUGAAGAACAUAAAAAAAAAGCAAUUGAAAUUAUAUUAAAUUCAAGAAAUACAUCAGCUGAAGAUAAAAGAAAAUUAGCAACAAAAUAUGCAGUUGAAGAAAUGCAAAUAAAUGAAGGAGAUACAGCAUCACCAGAAGUUGUAGCUGGUGUAUUGACCACAAAGAUAUAUUUUAUGAUGCAACAUGUUAAAAAAUUUAAAAAAGAUGUAACUACAAGAGUUAAAGUUGAACAGUUAGUACAUCAAAGACAAUCAAUCCUUAAAUAUUUAAAAAAAAUAUCACCAGAAAGAUAUUAUUAUACAUUGGCAAAAUUAGGAUUAAGUGAUGAUGUUAUAAUUAGAGAAUUUGCAAUGAGUAAACAAUAUUUACAAGAUUUUAAAGUAUGGGGUGAUAAACAAUUAGUUAAAGAAACUAAAUCAAUGAAAGUAAAAAAUGAAAAAGUACAAGCAUUAAGAGAUAGAAUUGACUCUUAUAAUGACUUAGCAAAACAAAAUUAUGAAUUAUUAUAUGGUAAGAAAUAG